AUGUCAGGAGUUCUAACGUGUAAACAAAAACAUUGGAGGCCGCUAAAGAAUUCGACUCGAUAACCUGCCUCACCAUUCAAGGAUCUAAGAAGACACAGUUCAGAUGCAGGAGAGAAUGAUGUCACUCAACAGCUCUGUAAGAGGUUCAGGGGAGGAGCCAGACCCAGCAAGAGAGGAGAGGUCAGGCCGUGUGCGCGAGGUUGGAAGCCAGGCUGUCUGGUCGUUGUCAUCAUGCAAGCCAGGAUUUGGAGUGGAACAGCUACGCGACGACUGUCUCGACACUUACUGGCAAUCGGAUGGUCCGCAGCCCCACCUAGUCAACAUACAGUUCCGUCGCAAGACCACCAUACAGGAUGUGUGGAUUUAUGCCGAUUACAAAGCUGAUGAGAGUUAUACCCCCAGCAGAAUAUCGAUCCGCUGUGGGACGCACUUCAAUGACCUCCAGGAGAUCGAGGUGGUGGACCUGCACGAACCGACUGGCUGGCUUCUCAUCCCUCUGAAGGACAUCCACGACCGCCCCGUGCGCACGUACAUGGUCCAGAUUGCCGUUCUCUCCAACCACCAGAACGGGCGGGACACGCAUAUGAGGCAGAUUAAGAUCCACUCUCCCGUGGAGGAUCGGGCAGUUGCGGUGGACAGCGUGGGGGCCUUUACCUCACCAGCCUUCAAGCAGUAUAGUUGUAUCAGAUGAUGUUCUGGGUCCAGCAGCUUUUACGGUAGUUGAAAGUAUGGCUGUGUGUGUGUGUGUGUGUGUGUGUGUUGUGUGUUUUGUUGUGUGUGUGUAUGUGUGGGU